AGCGAUUCCGAGACAGAAACGGGCAGUUCAGGGCCAACAUGUUGUGGUUACUAGCGUGCAUGUUCGGCCUUCUGGCCACAGGAAGUGUCCACUGCCAAGAUGAAGAGCUACAGCCAGUUCUUACAUACUACCAGGGCUCAUCGAUAGAGUCUGGACUUGUAGCAGAUGCUGAUGGUUUUCACCUAAACAACAAGAGCCUCACUAUAUUCAGUGGUGCACUCCAUUAUUUCAGAGUUCAUCCUUCCUACUGGGAAGAUCGCAUAGCCAAAAUUAGUGCUAUGGGACUGGUUGCUGUUGAGACGUAUGUACCAUGGAACUUACAUGAACCUGAAGAAGGGGUUUAUGACUUUGGAGAUGGAGACAGAGAAUUCUCUCCAUUUUUGGAUCUGGACUUAUUUAUUCAAAAAGUUUAUGAAGCCAAUCUUCUGAUGCUGAUACGACCAGGACCAUACAUAUGUGGAGAGUGGGAAUUUGGUGGAUUACCAAGUUGGUUGUUGAGAACACCAGAUAUCAAAGUCCGAACAUCUGAUGAGAAAUAUACUUCAAAAGUAAAAGCUUAUUAUGAUAAGCUCCUGCCAAUUAUUGCAAAGUGGCAAUUUGUAAAAGGUGGACCUAUCAUUGCAGUUCAGUUGGAAAACGAAUAUGGAGCAACAGGUGUCAAUGAUAAAGAAUACCUAGCAUUCUUACGUGAUCUGUACAUCAGUUAUGGGAUUGAAGGAUUAUUCUUCACAUCUGAUUCCCCUCUUAGUAGUGGUGACAGUGGUGCCUUGGAAGGAGUGUUGCAGACAGCAAAUUUCCAGGACAACCCAGAGGGUCAGCUUGACAGGCUGAAGGAGUUACAGCCAGAUAAACCAUCAAUGGUCAUGGAAUACUGGUCAGGAUGGUAUGACCACUGGAUGCAAGGCAGUCACUCAACUACAUCAGUAGAAACUUUCCGUGAUGUCCUGGAGAGGAUCAUUACAUAUCCUGCAUCCUUCAACCUCUACAUGUUCCAUGGAGGCACAAGCUUUGGAUUCAUGAAUGGAGCAAAUGUUGGUUCUUCAUUCCCUACCUAUAGUCCAGAUGUUAGCAGCUAUGAUUAUGAUGCACCACUUUCUGAGGCUGGUGAUUACACUGAUAAAUACACAGCAGUGCAAGAGCUUUUGGAGCAAUAUGCACCCAGGAAAUUCCUUAAAGCAGAAGCUCCAAAAGAGAGUGAUAAACUGGCAUAUGCUGAUGUUCCACUUGUUGGACAGUUGAGUUUGGAUGAAUUAGCUGCACAAGUGGAUUCUGGGGAUCGUGUUGAUGCAACUGAUGUUAUGCCUAUGGAACUUCUUGACAUCAACAAUGGCAAUGGACAAAGUUAUGGUUUUGUGCUUUACCGAAAGAGUGGUGUAACAAUUGGAGAGAGCUCAUUGUUACAAAUUAUUGGUAAUGUCCGAGAUCUUGCAGUAGUUCUUGUUGAUGGAGAAAGUAAAACUGAACCGCUGACGUCAACUGAUCAGUUGAACAACUUUGGUUUCUGGGAGCAAAGUAACGCUAGCACAACGCUGAGUGCAGAUGCCAGUGCAUCACACACACUAGACAUCCUAGUUGAGAACUGGGGUCGCAAUAACUAUGGAAGCCUUAACAGUGGUGCUUUUGAUCAGAAGAAAGGAAUUGUGUCAGGACCUGUACUGAUUGAUGGGACAGCUCUCUCAAACUGGCAAAUCUUUGCUCUUCAGUUCAAGAAGAAAUGGCUUCAGAGUUUGACUGGAUGGCAGCCAAUUGGAGAUUCAGUCAAUGGUCCUGUAUUGAUUCGUGCUACCUUUGAUGUGGAUUCUGCACCACGUGACACUUUCAUUGAUAUGAGUGGCUGGGGGAAAGGAUCAGUCUUCAUUAAUGGUUUCCCCCUUGGUCGCUACUUCAAUCUUGGCCCUCAGAGAACAUUAUAUGUGCCUGCUCCAUUGCUUAUACAAGGGUCAAAUGAGAUACUCAUAUUUGAGCUCUACACACCUGCUACAAAAGUGGUCUUCAGUGACUCACCAAUUCUAGGCUAAAUAGAAUAAAUUACAAUUUGUAUAAUUUAUAAAUAUAAUUGAUGAACUAAAUCUUUCUAGCCAGUAAAUGCUUUUUUAGUUAUUACUGUAAGAAAAAGAUGUGUUUUUAUAAGAUAAAUAUACAUAAGUAUGGUUUCUAAAUUAAGGCCUGACAUGAGCUCUAGAUUGAUUUUCCUGUAGUUAAAGUAUAACAGCUGAACUUGAGCUCUACAUCUUUGCAUUUAUCUAAAAUACAGCCAUAGUGGAAAAUGAGCAUGUCAUUUAUAGAGUCUAAAAUGCUGAGCACUAACAAAUCCAGUUCUGUUCAAAAACUUUGAAAGUUUUCUGGUGAAACAUGCUUACCACUGGUUCUCAUCAAACAGCUUAGUCCUUUAUGUUACAAAAACCAAUGAAACAAAUUAACAUGUCUUACAGGUAUCAGAAGUAGAGAUCAAUGAAAAUAUAUUGAAUGAAUUGUGGUUUACUAGUCCCAUAACAUUUGAUUAGAGUACAGGAGACACAUCCAGAAAUGAAUAUACAACUCCAUUGAUAUAAAUUCAUAGUUAAUAAGACAGAGCAGUAUUACAACAUUUAAUACAACUUCAUUUUUAUACACUUAUUGUUAAUAAGACAGAGCAGUAUUUAAAUGUUAAUGAAACUUUUUGCAGGAAAACAGGUACAUUUACAAAACAAGACAAGUGCUAAGCUAAAUUCUGCUCAAAUAUUCAGUUCAUCCUUCAUGAAAUCUUCAGCUGAGUAGUAGCAUUGCUGAAGUAGAAUAUCUUUUUCCACUGAAUCUGGUUUCAUACUCGAAAUGUACUUGACUUUUAAUUUGGUGUAAAUUUUCAUACUUAUAUAGGGGCUUACUGGGGUAGUCUGAAAUGUAAGUUUACACAAUAAGCAGGAUAUAUAAAAUUAUCUUUAUUUCUCAUACUUUAUGAAUGAUCAAAACAAUUUUUCAUGAAUAAAUCUAAAUUGCUUUGUAAAAAAAAUGAUAAUAUCAUAGAUGUAUAGGGAGGGUACUGUUAACAACUUCAGGCUUUUAAAUAAUGGGUAACAUGACUUUCUUGUAUGUACAAGACAUCUGUUUCUAAAGAUUAUUAUCUGUAGUUUCUCAGUAUGCAGAAUGUUUUGUUCAAGUGCCCCCAAAGAUAAUAAUGUACCAUAUAACCGAUUGGAAGCAGCGAUGGUAUGUGAUUUUCCAUGUGUGCAUGUCAGCAGCAGUAGCUAAUAUUGUAUUUCCAUUGCAAAUGUAAAGAUACAUAAUAUGUUUACUUGAUACUCAACAUGUUUGCUCCAAUAUAAUUCCCAUCUAUGUUUAA